AUGAAUUUUGGACCAAAAGGAUACGUCAACGACUCGCCAUGGAGAUUGUCUCUGAUCUGCACCUACAACGCCAGAACAGUCUUCACUAACGCCGAUCUUCACGCCCUUUUCAAAGCUGCGUGGCGCAUCAACUACCACGUAAUCGCCCUGCAGGAAAAAAAUCUGGACGGUCGUGAAACAGCCCCAAUGGUGAGAAGGGUCCAUCACGUUGAAGGCGUUGGAUUUGUCGUAAACCCAUUUGCUGUCCAUAUGUACAAUUCGUACAAGGUCCUAUCACCUCGUCUGGCCUUUCAACUCCAUACUCUGCAUCAGAAAACCAUCUUCAUCAUCAAUAGCUAUUCUCCAACUUCAGCAGCUGAUGACGGAACUAGAUGCUUUUUAUGA